AUGAAAUUACUGCCGACGAUCCAGCUGCCGCAGCUUCCGCCGGUGUCCGCCGCGGGCGGGAUGACGGGGAUGGACUCCCGGUUGCCCCCGGGGAUCUCGCUGCCGUUCAGCCCGACGGACCUGCUCUGGAGAUAUGGUCCCACGAUGAGCUUCUCACCGUCGGCGCAUCCGCCGCCCAGUCCUCUCCUGGACUUCAAGACGCACCUGCCGACGAGUCUCGCAUCCGACCCGCGACUGUGGUCUCGCGAGGACGUGGCGGCGUUCCUGCGGUGGGCGGAGCGGGAGUUCGACCUGCCGCAGUUCGACAUGGACGUCUUCCAGAUGAACGGCAAGGCGCUGUGCCUUCUGACGAAGGCGGACCUGGGUGAGCGGUGUCCGGGCGCGGGCGACGUGCUGCACAACGUCCUGAGCAUGCUGGCCCGGGACUUCAGUCAACUCCAGAGGUGCCUGCCGAGCAGCCCGGUGACGCCGACGCGGCCCUCGGCGUACCCCCUGAGCCCCCACUCGCACCCUCCGACGCCGACGUGGGUGGAGAGCCCCUACACGGCGAACCUGGCCUCCCUGAUGUCGGCGAACUCGGUGACCCUCUCGCCGGCGCCCUCGGUGGACAGCCAGGCGGGCUCGCCCGGCCACGCGGACGCCGCCCAGACUCAGGUCUACCGGAGCGACUCCGACGAGGACAACCAGCAGUCGGCAGGGGGCAGUCCCCCGGCGACGCCGACCGCCCUGACGGCGCAGCGGCUCAGCGAGGUCUGCGUCAAGGACCAGCCGAGCCCCACGCUGCCCCCGCAGAUGAUCCCCCUAACCCCUGGGGCCUUCAGGCCCACCCAGGGCUCGCCCGCCGCCCGCGAGUUCUUCCCCAACGACGCCCACGAGCCCAACACGAACGGCAGACUCCUCUGGGACUUCCUACAGCAACUGCUCAACGACCCCUCCCAGCGAUACACGCACUACAUCGCCUGGAAGAGCCGGGAAACCGGAGUCUUCAAGAUCGUCGACCCACCGGGUCUGGCCAGGCUCUGGGGCAUCCAGAAGAACCACCUUUCCAUGAACUACGACAAGAUGAGCAGGGCGCUUCGCUACUAUUACCGCGUCAACAUCCUCAGGAAGGUCCAGGGGGAACGCCACUGUUACCAAUUUCUCCGGAACCCGACGGAGCUGAAGAACAUCAAGAACAUCUCGCUGUUGCGCCAGCAGAUGCGGAUAAAAUCGGAGCCCGAGGAGGAGGGCUCGGUGUCGGGUACGUUGGAGCCGGAGGCGGAGUUGCCGACGGACCUGUCGAUGGCGAGCCUGAACCUGCCGGCGAGCGAGCCGUUGGCGUUGCACGACCCGCCGGCGAAGUACAGGAGCCACGCGUACAACCUCGUCAAGACUAAUCAGGAAGCGGAGGAGCGGAAGUGACGCGGGUCCUAGCUGUGACGCGGAUGCCCGAGCGCGCAGGCGAUUAGCCGCCGCGGGUGAGAGAACCGGCCAGAGGUCGAGGGGCGACCUCGUGGACUCGUUCCGAGGGCCGACGUAACGCGGAUCCGAUCCUCGCGGGCCGAUCGACGGUGAGCGGCGGCCUCCUCGAGUUAACUCCAUGGAUCUCCGGACUUCCGGGGCACCCGGAAGCGGCCGAGGACGCGGGAUCGCGCGAGGCCACGGCCGGAGAUUGCGGAGGGCACGGUCGAGAUGCGGAAGACUCGGAGAGAUCUUGAAGGGAUCUUGAAGAGACUCCCGGGACUCCCCGAAGAGGGGGGACGAUGUGCAAUGAAGGCGGAGGAUGACCUCGUCCGGUGGGGUCGGGCUCGAAGAGGAUGACCCUCUGCGGAAGCUCGAAGAGGAGACGUCGCGGGACCUCGAAGAGACCUGCGUCGAGGUGGUGGAGACGGAAGGAGGACCCUGGAUGGACCAUCGGAACACUCGUCGACCCCGAGGAGCGCCGGGGACUCUCUGAAAUCGGGAAGAACGAUGUGCAAUGAAGGUGGAGGACGACCUAGCCAGGGCCCGAAGAAGAGGAUGACCCUCUGCGGACCCAGGUGGGAUUUACCUUGAGGAGAACUUAGAGAUCUUCGGUGGACCAUUGGAAAACUCGUCGACCCUGGAGAUAUCCUGGGACCCUGGAACUUGGAAGAACGAUGUGCAAUGAGAACGUGGAGGACGACUUCAUCGAGUGGAUCUAGAAGACCUGGACCCGAAGAAGAGGUUUAAAGAUGCGACGGUUCGCCAUGAAGAGGAGUGCCGGAUCUUGAAGUAACCUGGAUCGAUGCGAUGAUGGUCCAUCCUUGGAUAGACUGUCGGCGAAUGACUGGAACUACUUGAAGACCCUCUAGGAUCCAUCUGCGCCAGGAACUCUGGGGACUUUCUGGACGUGCAAUUUUUUAAACCACCCUCGACCAGUCCUAGAGCGGUUAAGUGGAAGAUUAGGGUCUAGGGAAGUUAGAAAGACUACCGAGUGCGAGGAAUCUCCGACCUCGUCUUCGGGGUACUCCUCGCGCUCCUCUCUUCGUCUCCGUAAAGAAACCACGGCGUGACAAAUAACUACGUUAGCCUGCGUUCCGUGGAUUAAUCCUUUCCUUCCCGGCGGAAAUAUCUCACUGGGACGUAAAUUCGAUGAUUAGAGACGCUUUCGUCUGUAAACAUUUUGAAGGGGAAAAGUUAAUUUAGAGUUAUUCGUCUUCCGUGAUACGGCGGGAUAGAAAGGGUUAAGACCAACCGACAAUUCAGUCGAUCGCGGAGUCGUUCGAGGGAAUAUGUUUCUCGAGGGGAUUCCGUUGCGGAUAUCUCGCAGCAUUUUAUUUACCU